UCUUUUUGUCAGGACUAACAACAAAACCCCACUUGAAAACAACUCCAGCAAGAAUCCAGAGCCACACAGAAAGAUGAGGUGGUGAAACCUCUGCUCCUGGUCUGAAUUCUGAAUCCCAAAUUCAAACUAGAAACAAACAGAUUUUCUCCCUCCUCUCUCAUGGCUGCACCAACAGCAGCUACCCCUGCUUCCUUCUCACUUUAAGCUAGUAACCACAUCACCAAAUCAAGAAUUCCCCAUUCAACACAAAGGGCAAGAGAACUCACCGGCCAUGGACGCUGCUGCAGAUUCCAGGCCCUGGCCGUGCAGGGCCCAACUCCAAGCAGCGAUAAAGAGGCAGCAGGCGCCACCUGGAGUCGACACGAGAAUCCACUGGGAGAGCGAUGAUGAAGGAUGGAUAGGGGGCAGUAGCUCCAGCUCAACAAAGGAGCAGGCCAAAGAGGAAGACAGGUCGCUUGGCGAGAAGUUCUCGGAGCUGCUCAACAGUUCAUCUGAUUCAUAUUACCAGUUUCUGGGAGUACCUACGAACGCUGACAUGGAAGAAAUCAAGGCAGCCUACCGGAGACUGUCAAAGGAAUAUCAUCCCGACACCACUGUACUUCCUCUGAGAACAGCAUCAGAAAAGUUCAUGAAAUUAAGAGAGAUUUACAAUGUACUAAGCAACGAGGAGAAGCGCAAGUUCUAUGACUGGACACUGGCUCAGGAGGCAGCAAGCCGAGAAGCAGAGAAGAUGAGGAUCAAACUGGACGACCCAUACAUGCGAGAAGUACAACAAUAUGAGUCGGUUCCAGACAUGGUGGAUCGGUUGGGGGGGAGGAACAUGGAGCUCAAUGACCAGGCAACACAAGCUCUAACUUUUGAUAUUUUGAUCAUUAUAUUCUCUAUAUGUUGUCUAAUAUAUGUUGUCUAUUUCAAAGAGCCCUAUUAGUUGGACACCUUCAAAGAAAUAGAACAAUUUAUUUAUACUUCAAAAA